CGCACGUGCCGAAAUGGAUGACCCAAGAAAGAUUUUGUGCAAGUAUUUCAUGUCGGGGGCAUGUAGAGAAGGCGAAAACUGCCGUUUCUCACACGAAUGGAAAAGUCGUCCUGAAAUGGUGUGUCGCUACUAUCUGCAGGGCACCUGUUCUUAUGGCAAAAAAUGUCGCUAUGAUCACACUAAACCUACCGAGCAAGAAAAGCCUUCAAGAAAGUCAAGAGAAAUUAUUCCUCCCUGCCCUCCUGCUAAACAUAGUUUUGGUGAAGUUGCUGCCUACAAGUCUAGAAUGACAACUCUUACAGAGUCUGCGUUGACAAUUGAUAUGACUACUCUAACUGCUGCCAGUGGAAUGCCUGAAAAUUGGGCUGAAGCUCCUGAAUUUGUUCCAUCGUGGAUGAGAGAGACUGUUGACAAUGAUUUAGAUGAAUUUUCGUCUCUGUAUUCAACCAUAACAAAGGCAGGAGCUGAAGUAAUUCAUGUCCUCAGUGCUGAAGAGUCAGCUAAACUGCUGUGUCCAUUUGCUGCAAUGGGGUCGUGUGAAUUUGAGAGCUGUCCAUAUCUGCAUGGAUCAGUUUGUGAUUUUUGUGGAAAGCAGUGCCUUCAUCCAUAUAAUCUUGAACAACAGCAUGAUCACAUUCGUGAAUGUCAGCGGUCUCUUGAGGAAAACAUUGAGCACACGUUUGCUAUGAAAAGGAGUCAAGGUAUUCAGUGCAGUAUUUGCUUGGAUGUUGUUUUGGAUAAGAGAAAGCCAGCCGAUAGAAGAUUCGGCAUCUUGUCUGAAUGCAGCCACCCAUUCUGUCUGCCUUGUAUACGAAAGUGGAGGAAUUUGUCUCAUGCAGAUAACAAGAUUAUCAGGGCAUGUCCUAUCUGUAGAGUUCCAUCAAAUUUUGUGACACCGAGUGAAGUGUGGAUAGAAGAGGUAGAAGAGAAACAAAGACUAAUAGAAGGCUACAAGACUGCAUUGAGCUCAAUUCCAUGCAAAUACUACGAUUUUGGAGUCGGCAGUUGCCCUUUUGGUAGCAGUUGCUUCUACAAGCACACUACUGUUGAGGGUAAAGUAGAAGUACCUGACAUCCAACUAAGACACUACACAGACUCAGAUGGUGAUUCAAGGGCUAUCCGUAAACCAAGGCUGUGGGACUUUCUCAAGGCUAGAACGGAAGCAAAUUGAUGCCUGGUUGCUGUCUAUGCCUGUAGUUAGUCUUGUGUUUCUGUUAGAAUUGGUAGUAUAUUUUUGGGCUACUACAAGAAAAUUAAGUUUGUCUGACUUG